ACACACUUUCAUUCCAUUGCCAGUCCAGUCAUUGGCUUUACCACCACCACAAAAAGUCAUACUUCACAGUUUUCUUGUAGAGUAUAGAACCAAGAUAAACUCCAAACCUAAAUUUUGUAGCCUUCUGGUUUUCUGGCCUCCAAAGAACUCUGAAAUAUAUGCCAUACUUCACUGAAAUCCCCCCCCAAAACUCUGAUAUAAUUCAUGGGUUUUCUGCAGAAAUCACUAAUGGCAUUCAGCUAAAACCAAAUUCCAGAAUAAAAACCCAAGUUUUCUUUUCUCUUGGCUGAUGAGCUUGGUGGGUUUUUUUCCUUGUGUAAGUUGAAUUACAUUUGUAGGAAAAUAUGGCUCAGAACCAUGAGAGGGUGCCAGAGAAUCUGAGAAAACAGUUUGCUGUUGCUGUGAGGAGUAUUAAGUGGAGCUAUGCAAUUUUCUGGUCCUUGUCAACUACACAACAAGGGGUGCUGGAAUGGGGUGAAGGGUACUACAAUGGAGACAUCAAAACCCGAAAAACAGUUGAAGGCAUGGAAAUUAAAACCGAUAAAAUGGGUUUACAGAGGAAUGUGCAACUCAGAGAGCUGUAUAAGUCUCUUCUAGACGGUGAGACUGAGGCUGAGCAGCAAGCUAAGGCACCUUCUGCUGCAUUGUCCCCGGAAGAUCUCACAGAUGCCGAGUGGUAUUACUUGCUUUGCAUGUCCUUCGUAUUCAAUCCUGGCGAAGGUUUGCCAGGAAGAGCAUUGGCAACUGGGCAGACCAUUUGGUUGUGCAAUGCUCAACAUGCGGAUAGUAAAGUUUUCUCUCGCUCUUUGCUGGCGAAGAGUGCAUCUGUUCAGACUGUAGUCUGCUUUCCCUACCUGGGGGGUGUCGUUGAGCUAGGUGUGACUGAGCUGGUCAUGGAGGACCUUAAUCUCAUUCAACACAUCAAGGCUUCCUUACUAGAUUUUUCAAAGCCCGAUUGCUGUGAGAAAUCUUCCUCUGCCCCUCAUAAAGCAGACGAUGAUUCAGAGCAAAUAGUUGCCAAGGUUGACCAUGACGUAGUUGAUACAUUGGAUUUAGAGAACCUAUAUUCCCCUUCGGAAGAAAUCAAAUUUCAUCACAGGGGAAUUAACGAUUUACAUGGAAACCAUGAAGAGGUCAACAUGGACUCUCCUUAUGGAUGUUCUAAUGGUUGUGAUCACAAUCAUCAGACAGAAGACUCCAUGAUGCUUGAAGGUACCAAUGCGGCUUCUCAGGUUCAGAGUUGGCAUUUCAUGGAUGAAGACUUCAGCGUUCAAGAUUCCAUGAAUUCUAGUGACUGCAUAUCUGAAGCUUUUGUUAAUCAAGGAAAGGCUCACUCUUCUGCUAAAUGCGAGAAUGCGAACCAUGUCAAUGUAAAGGAACUUCAAAACUUCAAUGACACAAAGCUAAGUUCCUUGGAUCUCGGAUCUGUUGAUGAACAUGUACACUACAAAAGAACUCUUUCUGCUCUUCUGGCAAGCUCAACGAAGUUGAUUGAAAAUCCAUGUUUUUGUGAUGGAGAUUGCAAAUCCAGUUUUAUGAAAUGGAAGAAAGGAGUUGUUGGUGGUUGUAGGCCAACAGUACAUCAGAAGAUAUUAAAGAAGAUUCUGUUCACAGUUCCUUUAAUGUCUGGUGUUCGCUCUCCUAGGGCGACCGGAAAAGAAAAUACGGGAAAAAAUGUGCUUCCGAAUUUGCAAGGUGACGAUAUUCACAGGGAACAUGAUAAAAUGAGAGAGAGUGAAAAAUUGUUUGUCCUCAGGUCAAUGGUUCCUUCUAUCACUGAGGUUGAUAAAGCUUCGAUCCUUGAUGAUACGAUCAAGUACUUGAAAGAGCUUGGGGCACGAGCAGAAGAGAUGGAAUCCUCCAUGGACACCGUGGAAGCGAUUGCUAGAAUGAAAUUCCUGAACAGGGUAGAGAAGACAUCAAUCAACUAUGAUAAAACAAAGAUGGACAAUGUGAAAAGGUCUUUAUUAAACAAGAGAAAGGCCUGUGACAUCGACGAAACUGACCCGUAUCUCAAUAGGCUUGUUCCCGGAGAAAGCUUGCCACUAGAUGUGAAAGUGUGUGUAAAAGAGCAGGAGGUUGUGAUAGGGAUGAGAUGCCCCUACCGGGAAUAUAUCUUGCUUGAUAUAAUGGAUGCCAUUAACAAUCUGUACUUAGAUGCACACUCUGUCCAAUCAUCCACCCUUGACGGUGUUCUCACGUUGAACCUUAAAUCAAAGUUUCGAGGAGCGGCGAUCUCACCAGUGGGGAUGAUUAAGCAGGCGCUUUGGAAAAUUGCCGGCAAGUGUUGAGAAGCUGGAGAAAGCUAAUAAACUUGUAGUUGUAGGAUUUCUGUAGGCAGGGAGAGUAAUGUAGCUACUUGAUGAUAAAUCUGUAGCAGUAACUGGGGCAGUUUGAUCUGGUUUCUAACAUGCAUUCCUAUUUUUACUGUUUGACCUUGUAAUUGGAUACUAAGCUUCACUAGUAGUAACUUUGUUCAUGGAAUGUGAUGGACAAAUGGAACAUCCAAAUUCCAAUGUAACUUGUCUAGUAUCUGAUGUGAUUUUAAUGAAGUAAUAAGUUUUUCUCUGUUA